AUGAGUACAAAUCAUCAAAUUAGAAGCAAUCAGGAUAAUUCCUCACUACAAGUCUUGGAAGAUGUGGAAAACGGAUCUAGUAACUUAUUGUCCAAGAUCAAGAAUAGUUCUGAUGGGCUACGUAUCAUUAUAGCUGGGUUUGUUGCAAAUUUUAUGGUAUUGGGUAUCAGUUUCUCAUUUGGUGUUUUCCAAGAAUACUAUACAUCUUCAAAUGGACCUUUAAAUCAUUAUAAAGAUUCAGAAAUUGCAAUGAUAGGUACCCUUUGUAAUUCAUUGACUUAUAUGGGUGGCAUUUUCAACAAGAUUUUGCUGUAUUAUAUGAGUCCUAGAAAAGUUAUGUUUAUUGGUGCAGGAUUGAUGGGUAUUGGGUUGAUUAGUGCAAGUUUUUGUACCUCAAUGUACCAAUUCAUUCUAACCCAAGGACUUGUUAGUGGAGUUGGGUCAAGCUUCUUGUUCAUGCCUCCUGUUGUUUGUGCACCUAUGUUUUUCAAUAAGAAUAGAGCUAUUGCCAUGGGAUUUUUGUUUAGUGGGUCAGGGUUUGGAGGUUUGGGAAUGGCAACUUUGACUAGAUUUUUAAUCACAAAUGUUGGUUGGAAAUGGUGCUUGAGAACUUUGGGUCUUAUGGGUUUAGUAUGUGGUGUUGGAUCAGGUAUGUUGGUAAAGAUACCAGAUCAAGUGAAUGAACAAUUCCAAUUCAACAGUAAGAAAAUUCUUAGUAUUUCUCAGUUGAAAUCAUGGAAAGUCUGGCUACAAUUAUCAGCUUCACUCUUACAAUCUGCAGGGUAUCUAAUCCCUCUGAUUUAUAUGUCAAGGUAUGGAAGAACUCUUGGAUUUUCCAAUAGUCAAGGUGCUAUGUUUAUCGGUGUUAAUAACGCCAUCAAUGCAGUGUUCAAGAUACUUUUAGGCUUAGCAGCAGACAGGAUAGGAAGACUUAAUAUGAUCAUAGCGUGCAGUGUUUUGAGUUCAAUCACAGUUUUCACAUUAUGGAUGAUUUCGUCUAGAGACACGUUCAUUUCAUUUGUUGUUCUAUAUGGGGUGUUUUCUGGUGCAAUCAUCUCGCUUUUACCAACAUGUCUCGUUGAGUUAUUUGGAGCUUCAAGAUACCAAUCUCUAAGUGGACUUAUGUAUUUCAGUAGAGGUAUUGGAACACUACUGGGCUCACCGUUAGCUGGGUUGAUGAUAGCUAAUGGAGGUCGCGUGAGUCGGGAUUAUAAAAACUCGAUUAUUUACGAUGGAGCUUUGCUUCUUGCGAGCACAAUAUGUCUUAUUGGAUUAAGAGCAAGAGCCACGUUAGAUAGAGGCUGGAAGUCUUCGAUUAAAAUGUGA